AUGCUCUCACGACUACCCACAGUUGACGAAAUCGAAAUAGACCAAGUCUUGGACUUCGAGACCACUGAGUUUGACAGUGACAUAUAUAAAGAGCUUCGAGAGGUUGUGAAAAGCAACCAAGAGAAAUUGCCUGAUCUCAAGAUUAUCGAUAACAUGAUAUUCAAGAAGGCCCAUGCAUCGUAUGAACCUGAAAUACAAGAAUGCCAAUGGAUCCCUGAGACGUUAACGCAUGUACUAAUCGAACAAGCUCAUACCAACACCACAGCUGCCCAUGGAGGCAUAUCCAAGACGUUGCAUCGGUUAAAGGAGAAGUACUACUGGCCGCAAAUGGUGUCACAAGUGCGACAAUACGUCACCAAUUGCACGGUAUGCAAGAAAACCCAGUGA